AUUCGUACCCGGUUUGCAGUCUGUAUUUUGUACUGACCUACAGCUAAAAUGUGAAUUCUGAUCCUUCACCCAACAUCACCCCAGCAGUUCAAAGUAAUACCAAGUAGUUUCAACUGUGUCUGGGAGUUACCCAUUGGAAUUUAAUUAGCUUCAAAUCUCAUUCAAACGCAAUGUAUGUGAGACUUAUUCGCAGUUUCCUUUGAUUAUAAUUUAGUCUCCAACUAAUAUAAUAUCGUAAGUGACACUUCUAACAAAAUAUUUUCACUCACCAGGUUGCUACAGUGGAUGGUGUUUGGGUGAAGAUGCGCAACUCACACGAUGCCUUUGAGAAAAAACUGGAUUCUGAAUUCAAACAACUAAACGAAUCUGUAGAGAAACUGAAUAGCAAAGAUACCAAGAUAUCAUCUAGUGUAAAUGAACUUCGACAAAAUCAGAUUCUAACAGAGAGGAUGAGUGAAAGGUUAGCGAUCAAUGUUACCAAUGUUGAGUCUUCUGUUCAAGAAUUGAAGAAGACCAAUAGAAACAUCAACACCCGGGCAGCAAGUCUUGAGAGAGGAUAUACCCUGAUGAACAACUUGAUGAAAUCACUUCAAGCAAUCGAUACCGCGCAAAACGCCUCACAGCAACAACUGCAUUCUCUGCACAAACGUUUGAGAGCCUCUUUGGCGGCAGUGAACGUAUCGUUAAACAACAAGAUCAAAAGGUUAGAUGCUAUUAGCGACAAGCAGCAGGGCGUAAACCUCAGCCUGUGUGAACGGGAAACUAUCCUCGGGGUUCGUACAACAGCUACCCAGAUGAGUGGUGAAAGCAAAACCGACUACACAGUGCCACAGGGUAAGCAAGUGAUGGGUGUCACUUGUGCUACUAAUAGAGCAAGAUUUUAUUCACUGGAAUUGCCACCAAAAGGGGGCUCGGACUACAGAUGCAGAUGUAGAUAUAUAUCCCGUGCAUUCCAAGGUUCCGACAAUAUGAAAUGUGAUAUGCACGUAUGGCUAUGUCCCAUAUGAACACCGCUCUUGGAACUCAUGAUGUGGAGGGAAAAAUACAACGAUGGUCGUUCACGACCAUGAGAAUACGAAACGACAUCGAUGGCUGAAAAUUUUUAUUCCCUUUUUAUUUUCGACAAGGACUAUUUUGGUCUGCAACAUGAAGCAAAUUAUUUUAACAGUAUUCAAUCAUAAACCAAGUUGAUAACGUAAGUUUUUGUUCGUACAUUUGUCGUUAAGAUAAAAUUAUUUAAUACAAGUGUUUGACGUCCAAUAAGAGCAGAGCUGUCCAUAUCUCAGCUUGCAGUAUUAAGGCUAGGACUAAAAAACAUCAAAAAGUUCCAUGAGACUGAAAUCAACUCUUGAAGGAAAUUUAUCUUCCAUAAUACUUACAACAAAACUGAACGUCGCUUACAAGUUAAGGCUUCAGUUUAAACACACCUUUUAAUGGGCAGGCUUUUUGCGAUAUUUUAGAUAAUAAUAAUAUACGUUAAUUGAAGCUCCCCCUUAGGGGCUUUUCAGCCUCAAUGUAGACUAACU